GUGGGCGUCCUCGCGCCGCCGCCCAUCAGCUCAGAAUUGCUGUUGUGGGCUUGGGGGACCCUAGGGUGACCGUGGCCGGAGGAGGACGAGGACGAGGAGAAGGAGGAGGAGGAAAAGGAGAAAGCUGAGGAAGUCUGGGUGACUGCUUAGGAAUCCACACAGCACACCAACAUCUGAUGAAAUUAGUCAAUGAGCAAAUCGGCCAUGUCUUAUACUCCAGGAAUUGGUGGGGACCCUGCCCAGCUGGCCCAACGCAUCUCUUCCAACAUCCAGAAGAUCACACAGUGUUCUGUGGAGAUACAAAGGACUCUGAAUCAACUUGGAACGCCUCAAGAUUCACCUGAAUUGAGGCAACAGCUGCAACAGAAGCAGCAGUAUACUAACCAGCUUGCCAAAGAAACAGAUAAGUACAUUAAAGAGUUUGGAUCUCUGCCCACCACCCCCAGUGAACAGCGUCAGAGGAAAAUACAGAAGGAUCGCUUAGUGGCUGAAUUUACAACAUCACUGACAAACUUUCAAAAAGUCCAGAGGCAAGCUGCUGAGAGAGAGAAAGAGUUUGUUGCUCGAGUGAGAGCCAGUUCCAGAGUAUCUGGUGGUUUUCAUGAAGACAGUUCGAAAGAAAAGAAUCUUGUAUCUUGGGAAAGCCCAGCACAACCUCAGGUGCAGGUACAGGAUGAAGAAAUCACAGAAGAUGACCUGCGCCUUAUCCAUGAGAGAGAGUCUUCUAUUAGGCAACUUGAAGCUGAUAUUAUGGACAUUAACGAAAUAUUUAAAGACUUAGGAAUGAUGAUUCAUGAACAAGGAGAUGUGAUUGAUAGCAUAGAAGCUAAUGUCGAAAAUGCAGAGGUACAUGUUCAACAGGCAAAUCAGCAGCUGUCAAGAGCAGCAGAUUAUCAGCGCAAAUCCAGAAAAACGGUGUGCAUCAUCAUUCUUAUCCUUGUCAUUGGAGUUGUGAUUAUCGGUGCCAUUGUAUGGGGAUUGAAAGGCUAAAACUCUUGCACUACAUUCUUUAAAUUAUGUAGGAGACUCCUGCAAUCAUGUUUUUAUUAUUACUAUUUUAAAGCUGUUGCUUAGUGGAUGGUUCCCAUACUUUGUUACUUUUAUUGGUGGGGUUCCUUUGGAGAAAAUAUGGUCUUUUCUAAUAUUGAAAGUUUUUCUAAAUAUCAUUGUUGGCAUAACUUCCAUGCUUUUUGAUUUAAUAACUGUUAGUGUUCUGCCAAGCUGUACAUAACUUUCACCUAUAAUUUAUUUCUUCUAUUUUAAGUAGUUUUUGAAAUUAGUAAAUUUGAAAGUGUAUGUGUUCUGUAUCUCUGUCAGUGCUUAUCCAUAAAACCUGAUCUUUGUGUUACUUUAAUUCAGACUCUCAGGUUUAAUUUUUUUAUUUGACCAGCAAAGAAAACAUUGUCAAUAACUUAAAAGCUAACAUGUCUGUUUGUAUAUUUCCUCUACUUCAUAGUAGCUUAUAUUGUUUAACUUUUAUUGUUGAAUUUAUUUGAAUAAAAUCAAUGAAUGAUUUCCCACUAUAUCUCCUGUCCCUGUACAGCAUUUGCUGUAGAUUGCCUAGAUUACAUAUGGUCUAUGUGAAGCCUGAUGUUUACUAGGGAUGAUGAAGUAGCUUCGAAGUUGGAUUCUAAAGAUCCAAACCUGUUCUUUCACGAAUCUUAACAAUACUGUCAAUAUCUCUAGGUCAUUAUUUACUUUCCCUAUGUUCUGUAGAAUAAUGGUUACACAACAUAUGUUUGGAUGUGGCUUACUGAAAGGAAAUAGCUUUCCCACAAUUAUACUUUUUCACUUAAAAUUUAGUGUUUAUACUGAGUACCGUUUUGUACCAUUCUUCAUUAGGAAAUGAAUGUUUACCAAUUAACUCACUUGCCUUUUGAAAUCAAUAUUGUUUGAAUGCAUGAAAAAAAGAUGAUCUUAGGUUAUCAUUUGAAUUUUAUAAUGUUCUUAUAGCAGUUUGAUAUUGAAGGCAGUGUUUCAUGUGGUGAACUUUGAGACUUUAAAUGGGAACAAAUGAAAUAUUAACUAUUAAAUUGUAUGUUUGAAACCAAAAUAAAGCUGAUUUAAAAGUUG